CCAGGUCGUGCCCGCAUCCGCCGGACGCCGGAAGUGGCUCUCCGCCCCUGCCACUGGGCCAUGGAGACUGUGGCACAGUAGAUUGUAGUGUGAGGCUCGCGGGGGCAGUGGCCAUGGAGGCCGUGCUGAACGAGCUGGUGUCUGUGGAGGACCUGCUGAAAUUUGAAAAGAAAUUUCAGUCUGAGAAGGCAGCAGGCUCGGUGUCCAAGAGCACACAGUUUGAGUACGCCUGGUGCCUGGUGCGGAGCAAGUACAAUGAUGACAUCCGUAAAGGCAUCGUGCUGCUCGAGGAGCUGCUGCCCAAAGGGAGCAAGGAGGAACAGCGGGAUUAUGUCUUCUACCUGGCCGUGGGGAACUACCGGCUCAAGGAAUACGAGAAGGCCUUAAAGUAUGUCCGUGGGUUGCUGCAGACAGAGCCCCAGAACAACCAGGCCAAGGAACUGGAGCGGCUCAUUGACAAGGCCAUGAAGAAAGAUGGACUCGUGGGCAUGGCCAUCGUGGGAGGCAUGGCCCUCGGUGUGGCGGGACUGGCCGGACUCAUCGGACUUGCUGUGUCCAAGUCCAAAUCCUGAAGGAGGCGUGGGAGCCCAUGGAGAACGCUCCAGGAGGGCCCAUCCAUCCUCGCUGUCCCUUCCCUGUUCUCCCCCUGCACCCCUGUCUCUGUCCUCUGUGGCCUUCAACUAACUUCUGCUCCCCUGAGACCCGUUCUUCAGCCCCACAUCAUGUGCUUUGGGAUGAGUGUAAAUAAAACGGGGCUGUGGCUUGGGAA